AUGUCCUUGAAUGGUUUGAACGGCACCUCCUCCGGUUCGAAAGAGCUAUGGCGUCACUCCUCUCCCACCAAUACGCAAAUAUAUGACUUUAUGAGGAAAACAAACCAAUGUUAUGGCACCUCGCUGAAUAGCUACAAUGAUCUCUGGCAGUGGAGUAUCUCCGAGCCGGCCAAAUUCUGGGAGCAUCUGUGGCACUAUACCGACAUCAAAGCGCAUGUCCCAUAUAGUACGGUUUUAAACUCGGACAAGCUUCUCUUUCCUAGACCCAACUUCUUUGAGGGAUGUAAGCUCAAUUUUGCCGAGAAUCUGCUCUACCCAGCUGCUGCGCCGGAUGAAAAUACCGUCGCGAUCAUCGCCGCUACGGAGGCUGAUCGGGAGUAUAUCUCAUGGAAGGAGCUGCGAAAUCGUGUCCGAAAGUGCGCCAAUGCGCUGAAAGAAGCCGGAUUGCAGCCUGGCGAUCGAGUGGCAGGAUUCUUGGGAAACCAUGCAAAUACCGUGGUUGCGAUGCUAGCGACAACCUCGAUAGGCGCUUUCUGGACGGGCGUCUCCCCCGAUACCGGCGUGCAUGCGGUAUUGGAGCGUCUGAGCCAGAUAGAGCCGAAGAUCCUAUUCGCCGAUAAUGCCUCUCUAUACAAUGGUAAAGUGCAUGGUACAAACGCCAAACUCCGUGAAAUUAUCCCCGCUCUGCCAAAGCUCGAAAAGUUGGUUAUAUUCGAGACCAUCAAGUCGCACGAUUUCAGCCUCGAGGAAGUGUCUCCCAUUCAGGGGAACGUGUCUAGCUAUGAAGUAUUCCUCGCUUCAGCCAGGAACCAGUCAGCGCCCCUUGAAUUUGCGAGUCUACCGCCUGAACAUCCGGUGUAUAUCUUGUACUCCUCGGGUACUACCGGGGCGCCGAAGCCCAUUGUGCAUGGCUCUCUUGGAACGUUGUUGCAGCAUAAGAAAGAACACGUGCUUCAUUGCGAUAUACGCCCCGGGGACCGUCUGUUCUAUUUCACCACUGUUACUUGGAUGAUGUGGCACUGGUUGGUCUCCGGUCUUGCGAGCGGUGCGACCAUUAUUUUGUAUGACGGCUCACCAUUCCGACCCUUCGACGCGGAAGGGGGGAGCGGAGAGAUGGCAAUGCCGCGCCUGAUUGAUGAACUGCAGAUAACUCACUUCGGGACCUCGGCGAAAUACCUCUCGGUCCUUGAACAGGCAUCCCUCAACCCUACGACGCAUCCUCACCGACCGGUGACCCUUCGAUCGCUGAAGGCCAUCUUCAGUACUGGAUCUCCCCUGGCGCCUUCCACCUUCGAAUACGUCUACUCCUCCAUCCAUCCCGAUAUUAUGCUGGGCUCCAUCACCGGUGGUACCGAUAUCUUGUCUUUGUUCUGUAGCUGCUGUCCCAUUCUUCCCGUCUACAGGGGCGAGAUUCAGUGCCGCUCUCUUGCGAUGGCUGUUUCUGUGUUUGACUACGCCGGUAACGAUAUUAGUUCCUCCAAUGAGCCCGGCGACCUAGUUUGCACCAAGCCGUUCCCCGCACAGCCAGUCAUGUUUUGGCCUCCUGGACCCGUGGGAGCCGAAAAAUACCGUAAAAGUUAUUUUGACGUCUUCGGAUCGGCCAUCUGGCAUCAUGGCGAUUUUGUGCGGUUGAACCCCGAAACGGGAGGCGUGAUGAUGCUGGGUCGCAGUGACGGCGUUCUGAAGCCCGCUGGUGUGCGAUUUGGAAGCGCGGAGAUCUAUAAUAUCCUCCUGAAGCAUUUUGCAGACGAGGUUGAGGAUUCUCUCUGUGUGGGACGCAGACGAGAAGGAAUAGACACGGACGAAACCGUCGUUCUGUUUGUGAAACUGGGCUCGCAGAAUGGAUUUUCAAGUAUACCGUCUGACCUGGCAGCACGGAUCCAGGCGACUAUCCGCAAGGAGCUGAGCCCUCGUCAUGUCCCUGGUGUUGUAGAUGCUUGCCCAGAUAUCCCCGUCACAUCCAAUGGCAAGAAGGUUGAGAAUGCUGUGAAGCAGAUACUGUGCGGACUCAAUAUUAAGAUUGGCGCGAGUGUUGCCAAUGCGUCUUGCCUCGAUUGGUAUCGCACUUGGGCACAAGAACAUUCAUAG